AUGAGUGGAUAAAUUUCAUCAUCAGAUUCAGAGGAAACAUCGUUUGUAUUAAUUGAAUAAGAAAGAAUUUUAAAGAGUUCAAACAUAUUCAAACGAAAAGAAUAAAGUAAUAAUAAGUGUGCUAAGCAUCCAAAUAAAAAGGUAAAUGCAAUAAAUUAAUAAAGGCAAAAUAUUAUGUAUAAUGUGAUAAAAGUAAAUAAUUUUGUUCUAAAUGUGCAUUAAAUUUAGCAUUGAAAGGAUUAAAAAUAGAAGAGACAUAAGAGAAUUAACAUGAAAUUCAAAGAUAACAACGGAUACAUCGUUUUUAAGAAUUAUUAAAAUAGAUAAUGGAAUAAUGCACAAAUAGAUCUUUAGAAUUUAAUAACUUAGAGAAAAUAUCUAGUAAAUAACUUUUGGAACAUUAAGAAAGUUGCUAAUAAUUCUUUGAUUCUGUUAUAUAGACUGCAAAUUAAUUAAAAUAAACUUAUUUACAAAAGUUUUAAAAUGAUCAUCAUAUUUUAUUGAAUUCUAUUCAUACUAAAGCUAAUUAAAUUAAAUAAAUAGAUGAAUAACUAAAAUAAUUUUAGAUUGACAUUGAUAAAAACCAUGAAAAUAUAGUGAAAAAAAUGGAUAUGAAACCUUUUGAAGACAUAAUGAGUCGUUAUGAAAAGAGAGUUCUUUAGACAAAGGAAUAAUUAUAAGAAUGUAAUUAAGAAUUUUAACUUAAACCAAUUAAAUUUGAAUAAAGUUAAAUUUUAGCAGAUAUGAAUAAAAUGUGUUACAAUCUUUUAUUAUUAAAAAGUGAUGAUUCAUCAAUAUCUGAUAGUCAUUCUGUAUAAAUCAAAUUAGAAAAUAGUCCAAAGAUUAGAUAGAAUACUAAUAAUUCUCCUUUAGAUAUGAAAGUAUUUGAGAUGUUAGAAGCAGAAGAUAUUUAUUAGAGUACUUGUUCUAAUCCAAUUAAAGAUCAUAAUUAAUCUCCAAUUACAAUUCAUCAAUUAUAAUAAUAAUAAAUUUAAAAAUCAAAAGUUAAUGCUUAUUCUAAUCCUAAUUCAACUAUAUAAAACUCAAGAAGAGAAAGUAGAGCAAAUACUCCAGAAAGUUGGCAUUAAAAAACAUACAUUCAAAAAAAUAAUCCAUUAAUAACUCCUAAUGAAAGAGAAAGUUAUAAACAUAAUAUUAGUGUAGGCGAAUAAUUGAAUUCAUAAAAAUGCUUAAAUAAAUAAUUGGAAAUGAAUGAAAAAUAUUAUGUGUAAUAAAAUGAAAAAUAAAAAACCUCUUAAGAAUUUGAUAAAAUUAAUGAAUAAUCUAAUUAACCAUUAAUAAAUAAUCUAAGUUAAUUGUAUAUAUAAAAAAAUAGUAAAGAUACAGAUAGGAUAAGCUUUGAAGAUAAAUAAUAAUUAACACCAAAACAUUAAAAAAACAUGACAGCAGCAGGUCCUCAAACCUUUAAACUCCUUACUAAUCAUGCUAGUUAAAGAUGUAUUACUAUUUUAUUAUAUCUAAGCUUAAUACUAAUAUCCUUAAGUGAACAACAAUUUAUUUGAACAAAAAAGUUAAAAAGAAUUUUAAAAAAUCAAUUAUGAUUCUUUACCUAAUCAAAAAUCAUUAACUCCACUUCACUAAGAACCUUAAUCUAGAAAUAAUAAUUAAUAAUAUUAAAAAAAUGAUAAUCAUCAAAAUAAAAGAUCAAAUUCCAAACAAGCUAAAUAACCUUCUUUUGAUCACAUAGAUGGUAAAAGAUAGUUUAUAUUAGCAAAUGUUAAUUCUUAAUAAUAUAUUUCAUAACCUAGUUAACAUGUUUCAAAUGAAGAUACUUUAAAAGAUAGAAUUCUUAAAGAAUUAUGUAGUCAUCCUGGUGAGUCUAUUUAUAAUUAAGUUUUAAAAUUGAAUAGUUAAUAAAAAAUCAAAAAUCAAAAACUAAUUUCUAAAGAGAAUGUAGAAUAAUCGACAACUGUUAGAAAUAAAAAUAGUAAUGCAUUUUUAUCCGUUAAAAAGCAAUCAUAUCAAUAAUGA